AUGAUCAAGAAAGCUCACAGCCUUGUGCAAAAAAUAGGGCCCGGAAUGCCAGGAAGAGGAGAAAAUAUUCGCCUCGCCUUUGAAGCCACUGGAACACCAUACACCGACGUUUCAAAUGAGAAUAAGGAAGGAAUCAACGACGUCCUGGCCCAGAUCAGCGCAGACAACGUCGGCGACGCGAACAACCCGCCUCCUCUAGCACCACCGAUCCUAAAGCACGGCGAGAAAAUCCUCAUCUCCCAAAGCCCGAACAUCUUGUUCUACCUAGGCCCGAAACUCAACUUGGUCCCGAACACCGACGAAGACCCGGUCGGGAUCUACCAUGUCAAUGCCUUGGCUUUAACCGCUCUGGACGGACUAUCCAAUGAAGCGCACGACACCCACCACCCCAUCGCAACCGGCGACUACUACGAAGACCAGAAAUCCGAAGCGUUGAAGAAGGCAAAGGACUAUCGUGCAAACCGCCUGCCCAAGUUUCUCGGUUAUUUCAAUCGUGUGUUGAAAGGGGAAGCCUCCAAGGGAGGCGAGUACCUCUAUGGUGGCCAGUUGACUUAUGCGGACCUAGUGUUCUUCCAAUGCUUGAAUGGUGUGACACACGCGUUUCCGAAGGCUGUGGCUAGGAUGAGAGAAAGUGGAGAUUAUGAUCUCGCUUUUGCACUGUAUGAUCGCGUCAAAGGCUUGGACAAAAUCAAGGCCUAUUUGGAAAGUGAUAGGCGGCAAAAGUACUCGCUGGGUAUUUGGCGACAUUAUCCUGAGCUGGAUGAUGAGUGA